AUAUUUCAACUAAUUUCUUCCUCUACCCCCAGGCCAUCGCUUGCAUAUUAGUGCAAUGCGCCCUCACUCAAAACUACGAUAAGGAGAAUCGCCGCCUUAUUCUGCAAAUUAAAGACCAAAAAACGACCAAUCAACAAUACUAUUCGUCAAAUUUUGAUACCAGUAAGUAGCAAAAGUUUCAAUUUCAAUCAAUUCAAUUGCACCAAAUCAUACAUUCUUGCACACGUAGUAACAGAGAAAAAUUAAAAAAAAAAUGCAUAAAUUCAUAUUUUUAUACUACAUUAUAUUUUCUCUCUUUAUUUCAACACUAAAUAUUUCUACUUCUCUUACUCUUACAUCCUUAAUUUUGCAGCUGAUUUUUGCUUUAUUAAUUCUUUCUAAUUUAAAUUUCAAUAUCUCUGUUCUUCUUUUCUUCUUCCAAUUCUCUCUUACUUCCUAUCUAUUAUCCUUUGUACUUUCCUUUUCCCUCUCUCUCUCUCACACACACUCUCUUUGAUAAUUCUGCUUUAUGCGUUUCUAUUUCACUUCAACUAACCAGCUGGUUAGUUACACUCAUUUACUAUUUCACAUUCUUUCUUUUUUUCUUCCACUAUAUUUUUCAUACAAUUUCUCCCACUCACAUUAGCGUUUGCAAUUCACACCCAUAGUAGUUGUUUUGUUUGUAGCAUUUUAUACAAUCCAUAUAGUAUAAGUACAUUAACUAUAUAAUUCUUUUACAAUUUACGCUGCACUACGAGCCGUUUGGAAAGGACUCAUUCGCCGCGCAGCCUUCGACGAACCGAGUCCUUUCAGCUUUUUUAAUUGCGCAGUUAGAUGAUACUUUCCACAAUUAGUUGGCAUAUUUUUUGCAGUAGAUAUUUAGUACAUUUGAAAAAAAAAUAAAUUUAGAACUGGCUUUGUACAUACAUUUAAUUCGUUUGCAAUUUAAAAUUUGUAUUCUUUUGAAAAAAGAAAUUAUAAAUAGAGGCAAUAACUAUUAAUUGAUUAACAUUAGCGCGCUGUAGCCUUAAUUAAAACACUACAAUAGCAACUAAAAAAAAAAAAAAAAACAAUUUAGUAAAUACUUCAAGACAAUCCGUUAGUUAAAUUAUAAAACUACUCAAGCAAUAAACAAAUUUGCAUACAUACAUAUUUUCCAUUUACCUUGUUAAUUUUGUUGUAGCUUUUUACUAAAACGCUAAAUAUAUAAUCAAGAAGUAUGCGUAAACGUAGUUAAAACCAACAAAGCCCAAACGCACACAAAAAAUAUCAAAAAUAUAUCUAUCUACAUUUAUUUAGUAAUAUAUCGAAAUAAACAAAAUUCGUCAACCAAACUCGUCUCAAAUUGUAAAUAUUUUCGUACCGACACACACCACACCAACUCGACUCAACUCAAUUCAAAUCAAAUCCACGCUACUCCACUCCAUUUCCCUCCACUUGUCCACUACAUCACACCAUUAUUGAUUUAUGCAUAUAUGUAAAAUAGUAUUUAUAUUGAAUUUCGUUUGUAGUAGAGGACAAUUGUUUGGUUUUGCUUAUAAAAAACUUCACCCAAUCAUUAACUUAAUCUCUUUAAAUCAAGUAAGUUGAAAAAUAUUUAAAGCAUUUCGCGCUUGAAUACAGAGUUAUGACAAAGCUCUAAAAAAGCGUAAAGAAACCUAAAACAUAAUACUUUCCUCGAAAGCUUUCAAAAUGUUCAAAAUAUUCACAUCCUUCAAGUUCUCUUCUAGACAAUUUUAGAUGUUUUGUAGCGAUUGACGCUCUAAAGCUUUCACAUACCUAAAGUUUUUUUUCGAAUUUUCAGAGCUUUCACUUUCAUACUUCAAAAAAGACAGAUUUUUUAAGCGUUGCUGAAAAAAAGUUUUAGCUUUCACAAUUUUUAUUUUUUUUUGUCAAUGAAAACUUCGAAGCUUUCACGCUCAUAACCCAAAUGGCGCGAGCUUUUUAAGCUUUCAUGCAAAGUAUAUGAGUAUUCACGAAAAAAAACGAAACUUUUGUUGUUGGAAGCUUCGAAGCUUUCAUGCUCCCACCUCGAACAACGAGAGCUUUGAGCAGUUUUCAUGAAAAUCUUGUAAGCUCUCCUGAUAACAAAAACUCUGAUUGGAUGAAUACCUAGAAGAAUUUUACACUCAUACUACAAAUUAAGAGUGCCUUCUUAAGCUUUCGGAAAAAGAAUUUCAGUUUUAACGAGAAAAAUAUACUUUCUUUAAUGAAAACUUCGAACCUUUCCCGCUGUUAACUAAAAUAAUGAGAGCUU